UGUAAUUGCGAUACCUCGUAAACCUCGCUAUGGCAGCUAUGGACAAAUUUUUUUACCAUUUGGAACUUUGCUAUGGACGCUAAUAGCCUUCACAUUUUUACUUGCAGUCCUUGUUAUUAUGGUAUUACAAUAUGCAGCGCCCACUCUAAGAAAUUUUGUUAUUGGAGCCUCGGUGAGAAAUCCAGUAAUGAAUUUGGUCUCCAGCGGAUUGGGAGGGGGUAUACCCCGCGUACCAAAACGCAACUUUGCAAGGACCUUAGUGUUGUAUUGGAUACUUUUAUCCUUUGUUAUCCGAAAUGCUUAUGUUGGGAAACAGUUCGAUAUCAUGAGGGUCGAUACAAAAUAUUGGGCGUUGGAUACUUAUGAGAAAAUUGAAAAAAGUGGAUACCCAGUUUUCGCGGAAAGUCAGUAUUGUGAAAAAAUUAAGGGGGACAUGUUAGUAAAAAGGUUAGCAUGCACCAAUAAAACCGCGGACGAAAUGUUGGGUAAAUUAGACGACAGCAACUAUAAAGGAACCGUGAUAACAUCUAAGUUGAAUAUUAAUCUCUUCGACUUGAAACGUCAGAAAAAGGACUUAACUAUGAAAAGCACUCUCUACGCUAAGGAUCUAAGGAUUCUCGGGCGAUCCAUGCUCGUUCUUCGAAAAAAUUCGCAUUUGAAGGAGAUAUUUACAAGAGACUUGCUGGCAAUCGGGGGUUCAGGACUUUUGGAGAAAUGGAUACGAGAUAUAACCAGUCCAAGGAAUCAUGACUUUUCACACCCUUUUAGACUGCGAUGGAAAGAUCUGGCUGGCAUUUUUUAUAUACUUUUGGAUGGUGCGUUGGCAGCGGUUGCGUGCUUUGCGGGAGAACUUGCAAUUCAAAGGAUGUUUUUCUAAAAGUGCAAUGUUAGAAGUUCAUAUUGAUUCGCUUGAAUUCGCUAGUAAUCCUUGACCAUGAUUUACAUGGUGAAUAUUGGGGUAGAGUGCGAAAUCCAGCGCAUCCUUAAUAAUUUAUAUUUAUUCAAAAAUGCA